AAAACCGGUCACGCCAAAUUUUUCAGGCCGGCAGCCAAGGUUGCAAAUCGGGCCGGGAUCGGUGGUCGUGUGUCCGCUCCGCUGAGUUCGAUGGGGAGUAACGCCAUUUAGGACACAAACAUUAUUCCGGCCACCCAGGAACACAGAACCUUUCCUUCCGAGUGUUGUCCACUUAGCGAAUACUUCCGAGGGCAUCCACCAUGGAAGUGGAACAAUUGGAGAUACUUUGUAAGCAGUUCUACGAAUCGCAGGACGCUCAGCUGUGCGCUGAAGCCGAAAAAGCGCUCUACCUGUUCCAGGAAGACAGCGACGCGCUCUCCAAGUGCCAGAUACUGUUGGAUCGGGCCGAUUCGAGCUACUCGCAACUGCUGGCCACCACCACCUUGACCAAGCUGGUGACGAAAAACAUUCAAGUGCUGCGCAUACAGCAGCGCGUUGACAUCCGCAACUAUGUGUUAACGUAUCUGGCCAACCGGCCCAAUCUGCAGUCGUUCGUGAUCCAAGCGCUGGUGUCGCUACUGGUCAAGAUCACGAAACUAUGUUGGAUCGACAUGCACGAAAGGGAGCUCGUGUUCCAGAACAUUCUGCAGGACGUGAAAGAGUUCCUCGGGGGCUCGGUCGAGCACUGCAUGAUCGGCGUUCAGAUCCUGUCUCAGCUGACGGUGGAAAUGAACCAGCAGUCAGAAACGGCGGGAAAUCUCAACACGCUCAAGCAGCGGCGAAUCGCGUGCCUCUACCUUGACUCGAAGCUGUACGAUAUCUUCAUUCUCGCCUGUUCGCUGCUCAGCCAGGCGAAGGAUAAUAUGUGCAAAAAUCUCAAGUACCCCGACGAAGCGCAGCAGGGUUUGUUUACGCACCUGCUCGAGUUAGCCCGCAACUGUCUGAGCUUCGACUUCAUCGGUGCGACCGCGGACGAGUCAUCGGAUGACAUUUCGGCAGUGCAGAUACCGACGAACUGGCGGCCAGCCUUUCUUGAUUCCGAGUCGGACUCGCUGAAGCUGUUCUUCGAUUUGUACCACGUGUUGCCGGCCCGUCUCUCCAGUUUGGCCCUCGCCUGUCUCGUGCAGAUCACCUCCAUUCGCCGGACGAUAUUCAGUAAUCCAGAGCGCAUCAAGUUUCUGACCAAGCUGGUAAAAGGUACGACGGACAUUUUGAAGACAUCGCAUGGUUUGAGCGAUCCGGAAAACUACCACGAGUUUUGUCGUUUGCUGGCCCGUCUGAAGUCAAACUAUCAGCUAAGCGAACUGGUCACCGUGGAAAACUACCCGGAGGCGAUCCAGCUGAUCGCCAACUUCACCGUACAGUCGCUGCAGAUGUGGCAAUCGGCCCCGAACAGCAUUCACUAUCUGUUGUCACUUUGGCAGCGGCUAAUUGCGUCGCUGCCGUACGUGAAAACGACUGAGCCGCACUUUCUGGAAACGUACACACCCGAGGUGACAAAGGCGUUCAUCACAUCGAAACUCGACGCAGUGCCCAUGAUUAUCAGCGAAGGGAUGGACGAUCCACUCGACGACCAUGGCAUGGUGCAGCAGCAGUUGGACCAAUUCUCGACAAUCGGUCGCUGCGAGUACGAUAAAACGUGCACCCUGCUGGUUCAGCUGUUCGAUCAGACGGCCACACGCUACCAGGAGGUGCUGACCAACACGACGCAGGGCACCGUCAAUCACAUCGAGCUGCAGGUGUGCGAGGGCCAGCUGACGUGGCUGGUGUACAUCAUCGGGGCGUCGAUCGGUGGCCGCAUCGCGUACAGCUUCGACGAUCACAAUGUGCUCGAGGGAGACAUGAUCAUUCGGGUGUUGCAGCUUAUGAGGAUGACCGAUUCACGGUUGCUGCAGUGUGGCUGCGAGAAGCUCGAGCUAGCCUUCAUGUUCUUCCUGGAGCACGUGCGCAAAAUCUACAUCACCGAGCACAUGCAGAAGCAGAAGAUGUUCCCGCGACUCUCGGAGGUGCUGGGAGUCGGUGAUGACGAUACGACUAUGUUAACAAUUACCACUCGGAAAAUCAUUACGAACCUGAAAUAUCUGGGCAACUCUGAGCAGGUGCUACGCAAAACACUCGCCCUAUUGAGCGAUUUAACGCUAAUAUGUACCUCGGUUAGGAAGCUCAACAAGCUGGAGGAGAUACAGUUUAUGUUAAACAAUCGUACGCGCCAACACUUUUCGUUCCUCGGUUCGGGCGCCGUGGCGGCGUCGCGUUGCCGCAGCAUGUUUUACACUUGCCUCGGCCGCCUGCUGAUGGUCGAUCUGGGCGAGGACGUCGAACGCUUCACCACUUUCAUGAUGCCGCUGACGCACACGAUCGAGAACAUCAUUAUGAUGAACUUCCCGAGCGAGGAGUCAAAAAAGGAGCUGAUCGGGUUGUCACGUGAUCUCCGAGGCCUGGCGUUGGCCUUUAACGCAAAGAUGCCCUACAUGAUGCUGUUCGAUUGGAUCUACCCGGAAUAUUCGCCAAUCCUGAUCCGUGCGGUGCAAAUAUGGGCCCACGAUCCAACGGUAACGACGCCGGUAUUGAAGCUCUUCACCGAACUGGUCUACAACCGCUCGCAGCGAUUGCAGUUCGAUGUCUCUAGUCCUAACGGCAUCCUACUUUUUCGGGAAACGUCCAAACUGAUUUGUUGCUAUGGUGAAAGCAUUCUCUCGCUGAACGUGUCCAAGGAGCAGAUGUACCCAAUGAAGCUCAAAGGCAUCUCGGUGUGCUUCCAGAUGCUAAAGGCCAUCCUGGGCGGUUACUAUGUCAACUUUGGCGUUUUCAAGCUCUACGGCGACAGUGCGCUGGACAAUGUGCUAAACAUGACCGCCAAACUGAUCCUAACAAUCCCGCACGAGGAGAUUUUGGUUUAUCCGAAGCUGUCACUGUCGUACUACACGAUUAUCGAGUGUUUGGCGCAGGAUCACAUCUCUUAUCUUUCCACGCUCGAGCCACCACUGUUUCUGUACAUUCUCGACAGCAUAUCAAAGGGGUUGAAUGCUUUAGAGGCCCUGGUGUGUUCCGGUUGUUGCUCAACGUUAGAUCACAUUGUGACGUACAUUUUUAAACAGAUGCAACUGAAAGUGUCCACAUUCCCCAACAAGAAACUCCGGCAGGGUGUGCCGCCGGAAAACAACAUGUUCCUCAAGGUGAUCAAAAUGCACCCGGAGAUCCUGCAGGGUUUGCUCUCGACCAUGAUGAACAUUGUGAUGUUCGAAGAGUGCAAACACCAGUGGUCCAUGUCGCGGCCACUGCUAGUACUGAUACUGCUGUAUGAAGAUUACUUCCGACAAAUACGCGAGACAGUUAUUCAAUCGCAGUCCGUCGACAAACAACCAACUAUGGCCCGGCUAUUUGACAUUCUAAUGGACGGCAUCGAACGAAACCUGCUAAAUCGGAAUCGAGACAAAUUCACUCAAAAUCUGUCGCAGUUCCGUCGUGAUAUCAACGAAUGCCUCAAGAUCAGCACACAAGCCAAUCCUUCGCCAAACGAAAUGGUUGACUAGAAUGAGGACUCGUGGGAGGAGGACGUGCUGGUGGAUUCCGUCGACGGUGGCGACUUUGUGGUCCUGUUUGAAAUUUAGAGGCAAAUGGGCAUGCGACGAUGCAACGCGACACACCACCACGUGUUUGGGGUUGAAGAGAGAAGGGACGAAAAGACGCGUGGUUCACAACGCAGUACGGUGGACGACAUAACAUUCUUGCGGUGGUAACUGUCUAGCUGGGAGGUAUAUUUUCUUUUCCCACACUCAUUCGGAACAAUACGAGCGUAUCCUUUCAUUCUUUUUUCGUAUUAGUGAGCAAUCAGAAACAUUAAGCCAACAGCAGAAACAUACAGAAUGUUGUGAUAGUCACAAUUAAGAGAUACAGAAGGAGCGGAGCGAUAGCGAUAAAUCUAUUACUUCAACUUUUUUUCAUUUUUAGCUAUUUUAUCCGAACGUUGCGAAUGGAUUUUAUCGGAACUCAAGCAGAGUAGAAUAAUCAUUAGCUAGUUCAAAGUGGAUGCCACUAAUGACUGGUGUUUGCUUCCCAGUUAGAAUAUGGCGGCACAGAUAUUUCUUUUUCUUCUCCUUUUCAUAAUUCACUGGUCUACCUGAUUAAACUGUUCGUUUCCGUUUCCGUAUACUCCGCUAUGCCCACUGACCGAUCGUGAGAUAUGCACUCUCUGUGCAGUUGUGUUCGGUGUGCGUGUUCUUCGUGAUAACGUUCUAACGAACAGCUAGAAAGUAAUACGCAUGAGACGAAUAAGAACGAUGAUAAACAAACUUCUGGCUUGUAAACGCAACGCUCUGUCGCAAAUGGUCAAAUGUUGCGAACAAAGUUCCUUCGUUCGCAUAACAGGGGUUUCUUUUUCCAAAAGGAUUCAGAAAGAUUUUUUUGAACUAAAGUCAUACAGCAAAACUCUGUUCUACACAGUGGAUUUGCUUCCAGCGUCAGGUGUUGUGGCUCUCUCGCAGGUUCUUACCAUACGACCGGAUGGAGGACGCAUGACCGCUAAAACCGAGCAAUUCUGCUUUUUCUACUUUGCCACGCUUCGACCCAGCGGAAGGGUGUUUGGCCGUAGCAGCAUGAACUGAAGACGAAAAGUAAUCACAUGUUUUCAAAUUGGUGUACGCUCUAACCGAAGGAAGUUACGCACGUGUCGAAGACUGUCUUAGCGAAGAGCGAAAAUCGAAAUAACAAAUAGAAAGUAGUUCAUAAGCAGAGUUAUUACGCUUCUUUCCCCGGUCCCUGGCUCGUGCACACACAUUCACGCCCAUAAACCGUGGCCAGGCGAAAACGAGGGAACGUGGCGAGAGCGUAUGUUGCGCGAGGAAACGUCGCAGAGAGAACAAGAGCACCCUGUGGCAGCGUAAAG